AUGACCACCUCCGUCGGCUUGCUGGUUUUCACGACAGUAACAAUCUUCAUAUCAUCAACGCACAGUACGACAACGGCACCAUAUUUCGAUUCUCGCAACGAAUUGGCUUGUCGUAAUGAAUGGUUGAUGGAUGAUGAUUGGAGAAGAACAGCUGUCAAUACUCUCAAUGAUUACCGUCAAAGUGUUGCUAAUGGAACAGCGAAAAAUAAGACGGGGAAUCUUCCAGCUGCCAAGAAUAUGUAUCAAUUGUUUUACAACUGUAAAUUGGAGGAUUUUGCCUUGGAUUGGGUGUCGUCUUGUGGGUGGCCACGAAAUGGAAGCGAACCACUGUGGCCGGUGCCGAAAAACACGAUCACCACCUCUGGAAUAAGUGCCAGUCCGCUAAAUAAGACAGAAGUCAAGGCCAAGCUCAUCUCGAUGUUUCAAAGUGAUCUCGGACAAAUUGUCACUAAUGGGAUCCAGCCAAACCUCAUCUACGAUAACACAAAUAUUCAAAGAUGGAACAAUUAUGUGACUGGAGCAAAAACGGCUGUCGGAUGUGCUUAUUAUCCACAUUGUGCAUCGGAGAACGCCACUUUUGGAGUCACGUACUAUAUUGCUUGUGUCUUCGAUGAACCAUCAGCUGCUAUGGGCAAACCAGCCUAUGAGGCCGGCUCGAAAUGCGCUCAAGACUCGGAUUGUACUACUUAUAACCACAGUACUUGUGAUACAACGACUGGCUUGUGCAAUUAUGUCUUCUAUCCAUCUCCUGCAUACUAUGCACAGAAUUGGGACAAAUUGGACCUAAAAGAGAUUAUCUACGGAUUGGUGCCGAGGGGAUAUAUGCCGUACAAAUUCUACUCGAAUUCUCAACAAGUCGUUGCUAUGGCUCAAAAUACCUUGAAUGAUGUGAACCGUGUGAUUAAUGGGGUGCAACAAGUGGCCGAUAAGGCGAUCCCCGUACUCGAAAAUUUUGAUCAAACCAUUCCCGAUAUCGCUAAUAAGGUGUCGGAAAUCGGUAAAGAAAUGGGCAUUCGAAUC